UGGCGUUAGCUGUCAAUUUGCCGGAAAGGCGGAAUUUCUUUCUCGCCGACUCCGUUGCAAAUCGUGUUCGCUGCGAUAUUUUUUCAUUGUUUCUCUGCUGAAACCAUUGAUUUUUUGUUAAAGUACAACUAAUACAAUGGCUCCACGAACUGCAAAAGCGAAGAAGUCUGCUGACAUUAAAAUGGCUGAAAGCGAAGCACCAAAGAAGGGCAAGAGUAAGUCUAAAAACUAUGAGGCAAAUGAACAAGAAGUACUAGAUAUUGACAUUGCUGACAAAGCUGCUCCAAUGAUAAAGGCAAAACGCGGAAAGAAGGCUCAAGAGACAAAUGGAGAGGCACAUAUUAAUGGUGUGACUGAUAAUGCUCCACCACCAGCCAAGAAAGGCAAGAAAAAAAAUGAACUGGUUACUGAUGAGAAAACAUCUAAUGGUGACAAUUCAACUGAUGAGGAAACUACUCAUGUGGAACAAAAUAAUGACCAGGUUGAAAGUAAUGGGACUGCAGAAGAUACACAACCUGCAUCCACUGGUCGAGGACGCAAAAAACAAAUAAAAGAUGAGAAACCAAAAGAAACAGCUAGCAAAGGUAGAAAGGCGAAACCAGCUAGUGAGGAGACUGAUGAGAAAGAACUCAAUGAGGAGAAAUCUAAGGGUAAAGGAAGAGGGCGCAAAGUUCAAGCUAAGGCUGAAGUUGAAGAAGACAAAACUGAUAAUGUUGAAGAGGAAGAAAAGUCAGAAUCUGCCAAAGGCAAGAAGAGGGGUCAAGGCAAGAAAGAAAAGACUCCUGAAAGUGAGAAAGAGCUCUCUGAUGGAGAAGAUAAGAUUGAGGAGCCCAAGAAAAAAGGGGCCAAAGGCCGUAAGGGGAAGAAAGCACAAGCCAAAGAAGAGGUUGAAGACAAAAAGGAAAAUGUUGAAGAGGAAGAUGUAAAAGAAUCGGCCUCAAAGAAACGGAAAGUUACUAAGAAAGAUGACAAAAGAAAAGGUGACGCUAAAGAAGAGGAAGCAAAUGAAGAAAUUCCAGAAGUGAAGAGUACAAAGGGUAAGCGCAGUCAGAAGAAGGCGAUAGAAACGCCGGCUGAGGUGGAAGAUGAACCCCAGGAUACAGGCGAACCAACCAACAAGCGCCGGCGCAAGCCUGCUGAAGACAAGGCUGCUGCUGACACUAAAACAAAAGCCCCGCCUAAAAAUAAAGCCACUACAAAUUAUGAAGAACUUGAUUUUUCAAAUCCAUCAAAAAGUCUGCAAGGAAAAGAAUGGAAUUUCAAAAUUGCCAGUUGGAAUGUUGACGGUGUCAGGGCUUGGAUGGGCAAAGGUGGACUGGAUUACAUUAAAUACGAAAAACCAGAUAUACUUUGUCUUCAAGAGUUAAAAUGUGGACAGGAAAAGCUUCCAGAUGAGAUAGCUAAUUUGCCUGGAUACCACGCAUACUGGCUAGCUAGUGAUAAAGACGGGUACGCAGGCGUAGGCAUUUACACAUCACAGCUUGCCAUAAACGUUCAGUAUGGUCUCCAAAAUGAAGAAUUGGAUACUGAAGGUCGCAUUAUCACAGCCGAGUAUGAGCAAUUCUAUCUGAUCUGUACCUAUGUGCCGAACGCUGGCCGCAAACUAAUCACGCUCCCUAAGAGACUGCAGUGGAAUCAGGAGUUCCGUAAACACGUUCAGCAAUUAGAUAAGAAGAAACCUGUGAUAAUAUGUGGAGACAUGAAUGUUGCACACAAUGAAAUAGAUUUAGCGAACCCGAAGACAAACAAAAAAAAUGCUGGGUUCACUGAAGAAGAAAGAGCAGGUAUGACGGAACUUCUCGGAGACGGGUUUGUUGACACUUACCGCCACCUGUACCCCGAUAAGACUGGCGCUUAUACUUUCUGGACUUAUAUGAUGAACGCGCGAUCUAAGAAUGUGGGCUGGCGCUUGGACUACUUCAUAGUAUCGGAGCGGCUUCUUCCUUCUGUGUGCGACAAUGUGAUCAGAGAUCAAGUGUACGGCAGCGAUCAUUGCCCGAUUUCGCUGUUUCUCCACCUUACCAGUGCCGACAAGCCGAAGGAGUAAACUGUCUUAAGGCAUUUUGUUGUUAACUGCGAUCUGGUGAUAUUCUCCACUAUACGAAAUUGAUUAGUCACCCCAGUGCCUAUUAACCUCAAAAUGAACAUCUCACUAGUAGGCAGUCUACUACAAUGGCUAUAUGCUAGUUUUGGAAAUUGACAUGUAAGAUGAUUCCUUCACGCUUUUAGUGCUAAGUUGGACAUUUUUUCAUUCCUCAUUUUGAGUUCGACAUUAAUACAAUUGCAUCAUCCAUAUAAUGUAAGAAAUAAACACAAUAUGUAGAUUAUGUCUUUAAUUUCUGGGUAUAAAAUAGUUGUAUGUAUAGGAUAUAAUGGAAAGAGUAUACCGAUACUAAUGUCUUAAAAUUUCGCACCUUUACUUUUUACUUACUUUAAUCUUGUAAAUUACAAAAAUCAAAUUACAUUAAAGCGUUGCCCCUGUUGGGUCGCAAUUCCCU